AUGUCGAGAUUAAUUGUUACCAUAUUCUUACUAUCGCUGACAUUGUCAAGUGUCUUGGCCGCUGUCAGCUUCAACCCUACCUACCAGUUGUCUCUGGUUAAUGGUAUUCGUGCCGAUGCCGGAAAGGCAGCUAUCCAAAUAAGCCCAUGUCUUAUGGAUUCCGCCCAAUUUCACUCUGAAUACCAAGCAAGCACCUCCACAAUGACUCACGACGAUCCAAAUGGAGGAUUGUUUGAGAGAUUCGAGGUAUAUGGUGCAAACAGCAUGUCAAAUGCCGCAGAGAACGUUGCAGCCGGUCAACAAACCGAUGACAGUGUUAUUUCAUCGUGGAAGAACAGUCCAGGUCAUUAUGCCAACAUGAUUGGAGACUACACCUUUAUAGGUUUGGGAAUGAAGGUUGGAUCAAGUGGUACUCCCUACUGGACUCAACAGUUCAUGACUGGUAGCUGCACUCCAGUUUCCACCACCUCGUCCACUACCACCAAGCCAACCACAUCCUCAACCACUACCACCAAGCCAACUACAUCCUCCACUACUACCACCAAGCCAACAACAACUACUACUAAGCCAACAACAUCAUCCACCACUACCACCAAGCCAACUACAUCGUCCACAUCUAGCCAGUCGACCACAACUGGUGCAUCGACUACAACUGAUGCAUCCACCACUGCCCCUGCCGGUACUACCGACUCGAAGCUUCCAAACUCCUCAUCCAAGGUCAUCAUCAGCGUAUACUCUGUACUUGCCUUGUUGUUCAUUACCUUCAUCCUCUGUUAA